GUAUAUUGUAUGUGACUAUUUUUUUUUGAAUCAGAAUAUUAUAUUUUGUGGAAAUUAAUGAAGAAUUAAAAUUAACUCCUGUGUUAUUUUUGUUCCUGUAUGCAUUUCGAUAUUAGACCAUUUUUAAAGAAUAAUAUACAUGAAAACUUUAUUAGACAUUUUAGAGAAGGAAUAAUAAAACACGAUGAUAUAUCGAGUAUACAUACUUCUAUAUUGGGCAUUAAAUUAGGUAGUAUUAUUUUAAACCAAGUUAAAUAACCAACAUGAUCGUUGGAAACAAAUUGGGCCAAAGACUGUUAUUGUCAUACUGUUCAUUCACUUGCAUUUAUUUUCCUGGUAUUCUGAUAUUACUGAAAUUAAAUGACAACCUGUACAAUGUGGGAAAGUACAAAUUCAUUCCAGUAUUGUUGAUUUUGCUUUUCGCAGAAGUAAUAAAGUUGUUGUUCCCUAUUUUUCAUUCUGAGUCAACAAUCAUAGGGAGGACUGAAUUAAGGACAUCAAAGACCAAAAGGACAUGGUCCAGAUAUUUGAAGGAAGUUUUUAAAUUCAUGUUAGUUGGGUUUCUUUUAUCUAUUGCAUAUUACAUUGUAAUUAUAUUGUUUGGUGCACCUGUAAUGGCACACCAUGAAGAAACCACCAUGCUCACAAUUACAUUAACUAGCCUUACAUUCAUUCCUGCAAGUCUGCACUUAGGUGUAGAUGGUGCAGUAGAAAUCCUAACAGGGAUGCAAUCACAGAAAGGCAAUGUUUUGGUGGAUGCCAUAAGAACAAAUAUUCAAGCAACCCUUUUGGGUACAUGGUUAGGUGCUUUUGUAAUUCCAUUAGAUUGGGAUAGACCCUGGCAAGUUUGGCCAAUUCCAUGUGUAAUGGGUGCUCUUCUUGGCUACACUGUUGCACAUUUUAUUACUCUUGUAAAGACAUUACCUAUGUUAAGAUUAGGUAAAAAGGUCCAUAGAUAAAUAUUAGCAAUUAAUGAAUAGUCAUAAAAUUUAGUGUUACAAAUUUGAUGCAUUUUGAUAUACAUAUUUAUUUAAAUAUAAAGAAGUUUCUUAAGAAUCUGAUCUCUUGUACUAUAGUAGUGUUAGAGCUAAUUACAAUUAUCUAAAUACUGCAUUUUGAGUAGCAUAUUUGUGUUAGUAAUAUUCAGUUCACAUUCAGUAAUUUAAGAGCUGUUUAUAUUUUAUACAAUGUGAUUCAUACACAGAAUAUGAUUUCUGAGUCUAAGUUAUGAAGGCAAUAAUAAAAACUGUUUUGUACAAAAUAAGCACUAUCUAUAAAAAGUCAUGCUGGGUCAUGUUACAUAAACCUAUCAUGAACCUUGAUAAUGAUUAGGAUGAAAAUGUAAUGGAUUCAAACUGUUAAUAAAAAUUUAUUAUGAAUUUCUUAUAAAUAAAUAUAUGAAACAUUAA